AUGGAUCCUCUUUUAGUGACUUUGGAAGACCAAUACCUCAACAUUCUCGGAAUUCUUGCAGCCUAUACUGUAUUUCAUUUCCUCAUCUAUCCUCUCUUUCUAUCGCCGCUAUCAAAAAUCCCUGGACCAAAGCUUACGGCCCUCUCAUCUUGGUAUCUGGACAUAAAGUACCUCCAAGAACGCGCUAGCAGUCAUGUCGAAGAAUUACAUCGCCAGUAUGGCCCCAUUGUUCGAGUAGGUCCGUCUGAAAUCGUCAUCAAUGAUUCGAAGAAUCUUGCCACGAUCUAUGGGGUCUCCUCCGCAUUCCCAAAACCUCCAGCCGCCGCGCGAUUUGACAACUUUGGUUACCCCUGCGCAUUCUCCUCUCGCUACAAAAAUGAACAUCGGGAACGACGUCGAGCAACAGCCAAGGUGUAUACCAUGAGCUCAAUCAUGGGCAAUGAAUCUCUCCUUAAUUUUAUCCGAAAUCGUCUGGAUAAAGUGACACGAUUGAUCGAUGAUGACGCCGGCUCAGUGACCGAUCUUUUUGCAAUUGCUAUCCGAUUCGCUUUGGAUAAUGUCACAUUCAUGGUCCUCGGCGAAAGUUUUCUCACGUUGGAUGGAAAGAACGUCGAGACCACGAAGAGUCUCAGCAACAAUUUGGUUAUCGCUGCACCAAUGUAUCGUCUGCAAAGGAUGUUUGAAAUCCUCAGCUUCUGGCCACUGAAGAAACUCCUUUCACGGGAUCUUCAAUAUGCGCUUCGGGGGAAUCAUUCUGACUUCGAUAACGUUGUAAAGGAGAAAUUCGAUCACGCCUUUGCAAACGCAUCCGAGCUCAAAGAUGAAAAGUCCACAUUGGGUUGGGCCGAUACCACGGGUGCUUCUAUCAUAUACAUGCUGCACACGCUCGCUUUGCCUGAGCACAAAGCUUACCAAGACCGGCUCCGGAGUGAAAUAUGCACACUUCCUUAUCCGUUCUCCUUCAAGGAUGUCUGCAGCCUCCCAUUUUUGGAAUGCUGCGCCCGUGAAAUUUUACGAAUGUACAGUCCCGGUCCCGGUAGUAUCCAGCAAAGAUGCACGCCAGCGUCUACACGUACGGCUAUCACAGUCGGUGACAAAGUUUAUCACCUGCCCGGAAACACACAGAUUGGCAUCCAACAGUUCUCACUCCACCGCAACGUCGAAAUAUACGGCGAUGAUGUCGACACUUUCUCACCUGCGCGCUGGGAGACUAAGAAUGAGGAAAGACUGCAGGCGAUGAAAGAUGCCUGGAUUCCAUUCGGAUAUGGGUCUCGUAUCUGUGUGGGAAUAAAGUAUGUUCAACACGUGGACUAUUCUAAAUACCACCUGGAUUUCAUUGGAAAACUGACUUCUCUAAGUCUUGCCACUGUCGAAUUGAAGAUGAUGACCGCAACAUUGCUCCAUCAAUAUGAUGUUCGGCUUCCAAAUGGCGCCAGGCGGGAAGAUAUGGCUCCUGUUCUAGGCGCCGUUAUACGCCCAAAAUCUGGCAAGUGCAAGUUGCUUUUUCGAAAGCUAAGCAAAUAA